AUGGCUACAUCCACACUUUCCCGACUUUCUAAGCUCAUCGCAGAGUCAGUGGCUACUAUAGAGGCCAGUUGUGCUGCACGGAGUGUUGAAGUUCCCAGCAUUGAUUCCGCAUUCACUCCUGGGUCCGAAGCAUUCCGCAUGGACCCCACUGUUGCUCAAGCCAUAAAUAUCGUGACUGCGUCUGCGUAUCAGAUAGCAGCUCUCCUGGAACCUCCGCCGCACUACAAAGCGAUUGCUCUUGGGGCUCUCCUCGAGACGAACACUGUCGAGAUCCUGCGGGAGGCGGGACGAAAUGGUACUCAUGUAGUUGAGAUAGCGAAGAGGAAUCAACUAGACCCCAAAAAGAACGCUCGUUUACAUCGCAACCUCUCCACGUACUACAUGUUUCGGGAAGGGAGCCGGAUGUCUUUGCAAACACUCGUAUAUCGGCAAUGCUUGACACAAAGGGAAACCCCGGGACAGGCACGUAGGCACCUCCGGCAUACUCCAUAUUUUCUCGGGUUUGACGUCCUCACAAUUAGCCUGGACGAGGGAUGGAUGGGAGCAACCUCCGCCGUCACGACUCUUCGUGAUCCAAAGACUCGCUUUUCCGGGGAUCCCACUGAUGCGCCGCUGGCUCGUACCAUAGGUUCGAAUGUCCCUUUCUGGGUCUGGAUCGAACAGCCAGACCAAGAAAUGCGUCUUCAGCGUUUUGGAAUUGCUAUGCAGGGAGUGGCUGCGAUGCAGCCUGCAGCGGCUGCUCUUGAUCGUGGCUUUGACUGGGAAAUUCUCGGAGUGGAAGAUGUGGUGGUCGAUGUUGGAGCCGGAGUCGGCGCCGUCCCUCUCGCGCUUGCAAAGUCGUAUCCGUCCCUGAAGAUUGUUGUUCAGGACCGUGACACCGUCACCGCACAGGCAAAUGGGGAGCUUCCCGAAGCUGUUCGGUCCGGGAGAGUCAAGUUGCAAGGUCACGACUUCUAUACGCCGCAACCCGUGAAAGGAGCGAGUGUAUUCCUCCUCAAGCAGAUUCUACAUGACUGGUCCGACAGUUAUGCGAUCACGAUACUGAAAUAG